AUGAGCAAGCCUCUAGCCAAUGCGAUAAAGCGGAGAGCCAAGAGCCAUCCCAAAUUCCGGGGAACCAUCAUCAACUUCGCUCAGAGCUAUCAUAAGAUCAACGUAGGGAUGCAACGCAGACUGUACGGCUACAGCACGAACGUGGACAUCAAGCCGCUGAUAGAGGAGAAGGCGGUGGAGACUGCAGCAGACCUCGUGGGCGAGCUUGUAGUCUUUGGGGUGGCUGGUGGCGUUGUUGUUGCAGAGUACACAAGAAGCUCAAUAGCUGAUUCGAGGAAAGAGGAGAAGAGACGGCAGGGAAGGGAGGUGAGUGUUGAAUCUUAA